UUAGUGACCCAGCCUCUGAGCGGUCGAAGGCUGCAGGAUGUAGGAACGGUGCUCUGAUACUGGAUUUGACAACAGCGCAUGAAGGUUGCAGGUUCGAUUCCCGACCAGGAGUUCUAAUGCUGGUUCGCUUUGAUCUGCCCUUUGACCUGGAUGAGGUGGCGGUGGCCGGCGCGCUUGUUUGAAUGUCUCCCGCAGACUCGAUGGAUCACGGACGGACGAUCAUCAUGGCCCCUCCGGUGCCGCCUCACAAGCCCCAACCAGCACGGCCGGGACAGACGCAGGAGCGGCUGCUGAAGUGCAUCCUGCUCGGUGACGGAGCGGUGGGUAAAACCAGCCUGGUGGUCAGCUACACCACCAACGGAUACCCAACCAAAUAUGUCCCCACCGCUUUUGAUAACUUUUCAGCUGUGGUUCAGGUGGAUGGGAGCCCAGUGAGACUACAGCUGUGUGACACUGCAGGACAGGAUGAGUUCGACAAACUCCGACACUUCUGCUACAGCCGCACCGACGCCUUGCUGCUCUGCUUCAGCGUGGUCAGCCCCGCCUCCUUCCAGAACGUCUGGGAGAAGUGGGUUCCCGAAAUCCGCCGCCGCUGCCCCCUCACCCCGGUCCUCCUUGUGGGCACGCAGUGCGACCUGCGACAGGACGUCAAAGUGUUGAUCGAGCUGGCGAGGAGGAGGGAGAGACCUGUCCCCGAGGAGGACGCCCGAGCACUGGCGGAAAAGGUCGGGGCCGUCACGUAUGUGGAGUGCUCGGCUCUGACACAGAAGAACCUGAAGGAGGUGUUCGAUGCAGCCAUCUCCAUGGGGCUGCGGCACUCCGACAGGAGGGCGCGCCGGGAGAGGAAGGUCCGCAGCACGGCCGACAAGAUGAAGAUGCUGUCAAAGUCCUGGUGGAAGAAGUAUGUGUGCGUCCAGUAAGGAGUAGACAAAACAUCCUGAACUCGAUUUUGAGGACAUCAUAGAUUUUUACACCCAGAUGGACUAAUUCAGACGAGCUGGUGUGAAAGACUAAUAAGUUGGAGAAAGCGGUUAGAGGAGGUUGAUUCAGGUUGAGUUUGACCAAAAAAAAGGUCGUUGUUGAUGCUUAAAGACAGCACAAGGUCAUCACCAGCAUCUGCUUCUAUAAAAAGACUGAGACCAGCAUUUAACCAAAACCACUGGUGCUGAUGCGGCACACGGACUGGAGAUCAAACUGGAAUCAUCCAAAGGAAUUUGAGCCAACUUAAGGAGGAGACGAGGUGUUCCUCCUUUCAUUUAAUCUACUCUGAUUUCUUUUUAUAAAAUCUAUAUGGUCCAUGUGUUCAACUCCUGUCCACAGCUAAGAUGACCAAUUUAUAUUUCCACAAAACAGGAAGUUGAUGCAAAUGUUAGACUUAGAAUCAAACGUUGAAAUAUUUUCAUGUUAAAAGAGAAAAAUUUGCACACUUUUAGUUUAAUCAAAGUCCAAAAAUAAACAGAAACUGGUACCACUUUACAAUAGGACUACCCUUAUAAAGGAUCUGUUGAUAUUGAAGUUUAUAGCUUUAUAAAGCAUUAAUAAGUGUUUAUAAUAAACAUUUUAAGCAGAUAUCAUGUUUAGCUAAUGGGUUAUUGUCCUUUUAUAUUUAAUAGAUUUUAAAUGGUUAUUAAUGGUUUAUAAACUAAUGAUUUAUAAAGGUAGUUUUAUUCUAGUGGUACCAGAAUUACACUGGUUAAUCAUAUUUCCAAUCAAAUGUAUGAGUGUUAAUAUGCCUCAUUGUGACACAGUCAUGUUUCUACAGUUCAAAGUUUUUAUGGCUUCUUUAUUGACCCUCAACGUUUUUGGAGUCAGAAAUCUUAAGUUGAAAUUCUUGUUUUCUAAGACGUUUCAGUGAUUGACUUGACCUGUGUGUGUUUUUUAUUGCUGUAGCUCCACAGCAGGAACACACAGGUGGAGCUCAUGUCACCAUCCAAAGUCGAUUCUGAGGUUCCACCUUUGGACCUAAAUCCUUUAACAAACGUGAGCGUGAGAGCAGAUGAAGUGUGUUUAGAAGAGCAGAAUUAUCGCUCCUCCUCUUUUGAGUUUAAACACAACAGAUGGGUAAAAUAACCAAAGAGACUUUGAUUGCUUCUUAUUUUUCAGAAGCUCUUGUUCCCCUCAUCAAGGCCAAAAACAGAUCCACCCCGGCACAGAGGAGACGUUUGAUUACAAAUAAAAACCAAUCUUAUGUAUGUUGCAGAUGAUUAUGAUGUCACCAUGAUAGAUCUGUGUACAGAAGUGGCUCGAUCAAACUAAAAGGUACUGAGCAGUUUCAGUGUCCAGUUAUGGCAUGAGAGAAGUUUUUAAGGUGAACGAGUGAAAAUAAAUCAAAUGUGAAAUAUUA